UGGUGACGUACCAUGCGAUGAAUGCUGGAAAUUGGCAGCUGGUUGGACUCGCACUGGCUGCACAAUGUCAAAGCUAGCUGGAAUGGCAUGUCUGUGUCCACUCCUUUGCUGCUGUACCAAAGGCGAUACAUUGGACUGCACCAAAGCUUGAGUCAUUGUAGAGCAUUGUGGAGACGACAGCAUGCGCUUGUUGAUUUCGCGUCGAAAAAUAACUUUCAUCAAAAACGCACGCUCGUCAAAUGCUACACGCAGGGAACUGCCGAUUACAUCACAAUCAAGUUCCUCCAAUGCGUCAUCUACGCGGUAGAAGGCAUUCUGAGCGCACUCAAGCGCCUCAAGCCGAACAUCUUAUUCCUCCACGCAAAGGGCAGAAAUUUUCUCUGGCGCGAUAACUAUGGCCAUUCGUCUGACUUGGUCAUUGAUAGCCUUGGCUUUGGCCCUAUAAAACGUUGCGCCAAGCAUCGGUGGUGGAGUUUUAAAUGAACUCAGCGACAUGCUGAGCCUAACGGGGUAGAGCAUAACCUCUGGAACAAUACCAAAUAUCUCAAAAGACCCACCAAAAGAGUCCCACCCCUUAAAAACUCAGCCGGUACUUGGUGUCGUUCCAACGAAGAAAAAGCUGAGACUUUUGCUCUACACCUGCGGGAAACAUUCACGUCCCUUAACCUUUGUUCAGCAACGGAUGUCUUCAACACGCAAUCCUUCAUAGAGUCACCCUGCCCAAUGGAUCCGCCGAUACGUACAAUUCAUGAAGAUGAAGUUAAAGCCGCAGUGGACAGCUUAAAAACAACCAAAAGUCCCGGCUACGAUAGUAUUGACGCAACAACUAUAAAAAGUUUACCUCCACGUGCAAUCGCCUUUCUUACUGUUAUAUACAAUGGUAUUAUUAGGCUCCAUCACUUUCCCUCACAGUGGAAGUGUGCGGAGAUCAUAAUGAUACCCAAGCCUGGGAAACCUGAUCAGGACCCCGCCUGCUACCAUCCCAUCAGCUUGCUGGCUAUACUGUCGAAGAUAUUUGAAAGAAUAUUUUUGGACAGGUUAUUGCCAGAGGUAGAAGACGGCCAACUAAUCCCAGAACAUCAAUUUGGUUUUAGAAGUCAACAUGGAACACCAGAACAAUGCCAUAGAUUAUCACAGACGAUAUUGUGUUCAUUUGAAGACAAGAAGUACUGUUCUGCAGCUUUUCUGGACAUCAAACAGGCGUUCGAUCGCGUCUGGCAUCUAGGCUUGCUCAAUAAGCUUAAGUCCAUGCUGCCACCAUUUUUCUUGCUGCUAAAAUCCUAUCUACACAGGCGUCUAUUCUAUGUAAGAUGCGAAUGGGCUGAGUCCGAGAUCUAUGAAGUCAACGCUGGAGUCCCACAGGGAAGUGUGUUAGGCCCCAUAUUAUAUACACUCUUUACUGCAGACAUGCCUGUGCUAGAAAGAGAUGAUUUCGUUACUGCAACUUACGCCGACCACUUCAACUGAUUACGCAGAAGCAUCAGCAAUUCUGCAGCUACAACUAACUAAAUUGGAGCCAUGGCUACAAAGAUGGAACAUCGUCAUUAACGAAGGCAAGUCAACUCACAUGACUUUCGCAACUCGGCCAAAGUUUUGCCCGGAGGUUCGACUGAAUGGCACUACACUGCCUACUGUCGAUAAAGUUAAA